CCUUCAGAAGACACUGUGAAAUGCCACAUUAUAAUUCUGGUUUAUGUUUCAUUUUUUUGGUGUUCUCCUGAUUCAAUUUCCAUACUGUGGAGCUUCAUAUGCCACACUUAGUAUUUUUUUGUUGGGUUCAUAGGUUGGAUGGAAAAGUAGCGAUGAUAACUGGUGGUGCUGGUGGCAUUGGAUCCAUGACAGCAAAGCUAUUCUGUCAAAAUGGUGCCAGAGUACUCAUAGCCGACACCAGAGUUGAUCAAAGCCUAUCCAUCUGCAAAGAUUUAGGCCCUGAAAAUGCCCACUUUGUUCGCUGCGAUGUCACAAACGAAUCAGAUGUCCAGAAUGCCGUCCAGACAGCUGUCUCUGCACACGGAAAGCUUGACAUAAUGGUCAACAAUGCCGGAAUCAUGGGAACAGCCAAUGCACCAGACAUUCUCGAUGGUGAUGCAUCCGAUUUCGCCAAUGUCUUCCGUGUCAAUGUUGUGGGCGCAUUUCUGGGAACCAAACACGCGGCUCGUGUGAUGGGACCCGCCCGAAGCGGGAGCAUAAUAAACAUGGCUAGCAUCUGCAGUAUCAUCGGCGGGGUGGGCCUGCACGCAUAUACCUGCUCAAAACACGCUGUUCUUGGCCUGACUAGGAACACUGCUAUUGACUUGGGACGAUAUGGGAUCCGAGUGAAUUGUGUUUCCCCUUAUGCAGUCCCGACAAACAUGUCCAGGGCAUAUUUGGGUUUUGCAGAGGAUGAGAGGUUCGAGGUUCAUUCGAACCUUAAAGGUGUUGGCUUGAUGGCGGAGGAUGUCGCAGAGGCUGUUGUUUAUCUAGCAAGUGAUGCGUCUAAGUAUGUGAGCGGCCAUAAUCUUGUUUUGGAUGGAGGCUUUACUGCUUCUAAUUUAGCUUUGAAUAUCUUCUUAUGUGCCACUUCUUAAACUUUGAUCCACCUAUUUCUAGGGCCGGAAAUCUACAAAGCUGCUCUUGAAUUGGCUCGUUUAUUGAUAUUAAUGACUCUUAAACGAGGUUCAAUUUCAGCUAUAUCAAUUCCUUAAUUUUAAAUAACACCCAAUUGAAUAUGGAAUAAAUAAAUUGAAGAAGUUUAAAGACUAUUGCAUCACCCGUGUGAUGCACGGAAAUAAAAUAGUUAUCAUAAU